AUGGCAGAGUCAAAGUCCGAGACGACGUUCUACGUCACAAUCCACCUAGACCCUGAGAAUGUGGGGAAAUGGUUUGAGAUAGCCCAGCCGGUAUUUGAGAAAAUCAAAGCAGAGCCUCAAUUGGUCUUUUUCGAGUUGUACAGAUCUCCGGAUGACCCUGGAGCUAUCUCGUGGCUCGAGAAGUGGUCCGAGUCUCGUGAAUGGCUCUUUGAGGUUCGCAACCCUCUUUUGAUGAUAGCGACCUCUACAGAAGUGACAUCUAAUUGGACUUGA